AUGUCCGUUGGCCUUGCCGCAGAUCCCGCCAGUUCCCUCGCCCUAAUUAUCACUAGCCAAGUGCCUCAUCCAACGCCCCCAGAAACGCCCGAGGCCCGCCCUUCUCGACAUGCAAACAGAUUGAACGGCGUCCUUUUUCGUCUGAAAAUCAGAACAUCCUACCGUCGUGCCGUCGUAUUACAUCAGCAAUCUCAAUUUGAGCAACACAUUUCCCCUCUCACUUUAGCUCCGACACGGUUCUUCCACCAUGUUUACAUAUUCCAAACCCAACAGCCCAGCAAGACAUGGCUCCUGAUCCUCAGCUUGGUGAAAUUCCAUAUCAUCACGAGCAAAAGUCCCAUAAACAGGAUUGAUUCAUGGCGCUUCCUUUACGAAAAUAGAGCAUCGAAGUAUGUCGGGCUUGAACCUUUCUUCACUUUGGGAAUCAUGGCGGCCGUAUACCAAGGAGACAGAACUUUGCCGCCGAACCAAAAUGCCACAGCCCUAACACCGAACGUUCGAUCUAGCAUAGGAAAGUCGAACCACGGCAAGGCACAUGGAAACCGUUCAGGAUCAUGUCUCCACGAAGUUACAAACUUCCCCCUGCAGCCCGCAGCGAAAAGGCCGGAAGACCGGCUUACGCCUGCCGUGGACGACAGUACGGGAAACUUCGCUGCUGAAUUGUGGAGCAAAAUGCCAGUUCUAGAUCCGGUCGCCGAUGGCCCGCCCGUCCGCGUCCGCACCCCCCUUUCCAUUCUCUCUUCGGCCGUUACAGAAGUCAUCUUCGCAUCCGCUCUUGCGCGUGCAGAUGUCUUUUUUUCCCGCAUCAUCGAGAUGCAGCCGCUGUACGUGUCAAGACGAGACAAGGCUUAA